AUGUUGUUGUUGAAAGGGAUAGCCGCUUACAUUCGUGAGCCGUUGUUGGAGCACAUGAGGUUGAAGAACCCCGACCAUCUACCCGGCACACCUUGGUCCACCGAUAGCAUCCGUCAGAGUAUGAAUCACGCCAUUGCUCAAGCACGCGAGAACGAAGAGCUCGGUGUCGGACCUCGACCGCCUGGUGCCGACGGUGUAACGCCUUCGUCCGAUUCCGCUCGCACUCCUUUCGAUGCUCGUAACGUUCCGCCACCACCUCCACCCGCGCAUCCCUCGGACGACAAACUCGACAAGGUCUGCGACGCGCUGUCCAAGCUCACGGUCUCGGUUCAGAACAGUCGGUUGGGCGGAUCGUCAUCGCAGGCGGAGCAGUAUGCGCAAGGGCCUCGCUCUCGGGUGUGCAACUUUUGCUCGGAUGCGGGUCACUUCAUGCGGGAGUGCCCGUCGAGGAAGGAGUACCUGGCAAAGAAGUGGUGUAAGGAGGACGAUAAAGGGAGGAUUAUUUUCGCUGAUGGGACAGGAAUUACCUUCGACAACGCGCGAGGUCGAAACUUCAAGGAACGCGUCGACAACUGGCUCAACGAUCAUCCGUCCUUCAAGGGGGCAAACGCCAGCACUUCCGCCGCGCAACAGAACACGCAGACCCCAAUCCCUUCGCACUAUUUCAACUCGGUGAACUCGUCGGUCGGAAACGCUGGAGGUCCGCCACCGGUGGUUGGAGCGUUCGUGCAGUCGAAGGAGAAGGAUGAUUUUAGGGAGGAGGAGGACGAGAUCGAGGUGUUGAAGAGCUUGACGGCAAGGAAGGAGGCAUUGUUAGAGGAGAAGAAGCUUUGGUCGGGAAGGGUUCGAGGGGGAGAGAAAGGUCCGGGGAAGGAUAGCGGAGGUACCGACACGCCGAAGAAGACGACUGCGAACGCGGGUGCGACUACGACCUCGACGACGGCUGCGACUGCGGGUUCGACUUCGGCUGCGUCUACGACACCUACUGCGACCUCGACCUCGCCGGUUGUCACCAAAGAAACGCGUUCGUACAUUUCGGGGUACGACGACCCGACCGCUCUCGCUCGCGUCAAGAAGAUGAUCGACGAGACGGUUAUCCCUACCACCUUCGCCGAUCUCAUGGCCAUUUCGUCGGACAUGCGGAGGUCCCAGGCCGACACUUGUAGAACGCGUCGGGUUCAAGACCAGAAGACCAUUGGUAUCGACGGGUUGGAAAGCGGGGACAACAUCACGGUCGACGAUCGGAAGGACGGGUCCCUUCACGUCGCCCAUUCCUUCCUCCAGCAUCCGGUCUCUGGUCAGGUCAAAGUUCCUGAGGGUUGGGUCACGGCGUCGCACUCCGAAUCGAUUCGAACCAUUUCGUUGGUGCUCGACAAUCGGUUCGCUCUCAGGGCUAUUCUCGACGAGGGGUCGUCGAUCGUCAGUAUUCCCGAGUCGUUGUGGGAGAAAACCGGUUGGGCUAUCAACCGCGAUUUUGUCAUUAGCAUGGAGUCUGCUAACGGCAGUAUCACCAAAACUCUCGGCGUUGUCGAGAACGUCCAUUGUCGCGUCGGUACCAUCGACGCCUUCUUGCAGGUUCAUGUCGUUCCUAACGCGCCUUACUGUUUCCUUCUUGGUCGCCCCUUCCAUGUUCUUUUGAAAGCGCAUUUCGAAAACCGCGCCGACGGCUCUGUUAUGAUCGAGCUCAACUGCCCCAACACCCAUCAGCGUAUCUUGCUCCCUACCUUCGAAAACGAGCCUCGCUCGACGGUUUUCGACACCGCUAACGGCCGCGCCUUGGAUUUUUGA